UGGACAGCAGCAGAUAUGAGAUGCACAUCUUAGCAGAGAGACGCAAUAGAGGUUGUGUUUGUGGUCAUAUCAUAGACACAGAGAUCCAUGAUGAGUCUUUCUAAUGGAUGCUAGCUGUGAAACUCCCUCCAUUAAGGAACUGGAGAAAAUACUGUUCGGAGGGAAGAGGAGCGGAAAUCAUGUGGAUGAAGUUUGGCCCAACCUUUUUCUGGGUGAUAUGUCUGUGGCCAACGAUCGCUUCAGUGUGUGGAAGCUGGGCAUCACUCGUGUCCUGAACGCCGCUCACGGGAAGAUGCACUGCCAGGGCAGCCACCAGUUUUACGGCUCAACAGUCGAGUAUUACGGCGUCCCCGCUGACGAUUCACCAUCGUUUAACUUGUCGGUUUAUUUUCACCCCUGCGCUGAUUAUAUAAAGGAGGUUCUCAGUUCUCCAGGAGAGCGUGUUCUGGUUCACUGCGCGGUCGGUGUGAGUCGCUCGGCGUCUCUGGUUCUGGCUUAUCUCAUGAUACACCAGCAUCUUUCUCUGCUGGAGGCUAUUAAAGCGGUCAAACAGCACCGCUGGAUCUUCCCAAACCGAGGCUUUCUCAAACAGCUGCGGGCUCUAGAUGCGACUCUACGCUGAUCUGAAUGCUGCAUAUAAACACCAACAACAUUCCAGCAGCACCAGCCGGUGUCAGACUGUCUUCAGAAGAGGACUAAAGUACAUGUUACACUCUUAAAAAUAAAGGUUCCUAAAAGGGUUAUCGCAGAAAUGCCGUAGAAGAUGCAUUUUGGGGUCCCCAAAGAACCUUUCAGCGAGCAGUUCUUAAUACAACCGUUGUUAGUGUGAAUAGAACCUAAAGAACAUUUUUCCACUAUAAAGAACCUUUUGUUCAAUUGAAAUGUUCCAUGGAUGUGAAAGGUUCUUUAUGGCACCAUCAACACCAAUAAAGAACCUUUGUUUUUAAG